GUUCGAUUUCUAAUCACAUUGCUGUUGAGGCACCAAAAGUCGAAGAAUUUGGAUUCAGUAGUUGUAUGGGAUUAAAUUAAGGACACAGCUGAGCGUCACUUAAAAGAUAGUUUUGAUUAUGAGCAUACGGGAGACGAAGAAUAUGCAGACCUUCAAGGGGAUGAGCAAAACAACUUUGAAGCAUUUGUUUAGCUCUGGAUUCGAACACUUCAAGAUCAGCGAAGGGCCGAAUGGGCACUUCUUGUCCAGAAAAUGCCAGGAAAAGCUGAAGACAAAGUUACCCGCGUCGUCCUACGAGAACGUCAUGGCGUGGGCAGGUGACUGGAUAUCGAGGCUAAAUGGAGAGACUGAAGCUUCUUCGAAAGCAGAAUCGAAACAGACUAACAGUGUAACUGAGCAACCAGCAUCCGAAUCAGUCGAAGCAGCCACAAACAAACCUUCGACUAUCAUCGUUGACCUCUGUAGCGACGAAGAUGAAGAUGAAGAGACUUGCGAAAGUCUGGAUAGUUUACUCGACAGCGAAUCCAGCCUGUCGAAAUCUCCGAUAAUCAUCCAUGAUGACGAGCUGGGCGAUAUAGAUUUAAAAGACUAUGCAGAUCACGUGGAUGGCAAGCUUGACUUAGAGACUCUUAAGAACAAAAUUAUUGCUAAGAGAGUAAGCCAGACUGCGAUAAAGCAGUCUUCAAACACAUCGAUGGGUCGAUCGAAGGCGAGAGCCAUCCGAUCGAAGCAGAAAGCUAAACAAGACAAGCUCAGCCCGGACAAGGCACAAGAUGAGCCCACCACUCGAGUUCUUACUGAUCAAUCAAAACUGAAACCCAACGAAGACAGGAUCACCAUCACCCCUCACAAGGCACCAAAAGAAACCUCCCUAAGAAUUCGCACUUACGAAAAAAAGAAAAAAGUCGAACAAGACCAGAUCACCACUGGUAAGACACAUGAAGAACCCAAAAUAAGAUUCCACAUGGACAAAUCGAAUAUCAGUAUCAAAGACAAGAUCAGUAUUACCCCUCAAAAGACACAAGAUAAGGCGACUAUAAGAGACACCGUUGGCAAGGCCCAGGAUGAACACAGCAUUGAAGUCCGCUCUGACCAUUCAAAACUGAAGUCCAGCGAACACAGCAUCAUCACCCCUCACAAGGCCCCAAAUGAGACCACCAUAAGAGUCACCUUUGACAAGGCACAGGAAAAACCCACCAUCCUCACUGACCAAUCAAAGCUGAAGCCCAGCGAAAACAGGAUCACCAUCGUCCCUCAGAAGGCACAAGUUAGGCCCACCAUAAGAAUACGCAGUGACCUAUUACUAAAUAGUAACAUUCCGACACCAUUUGAAAACACUCAAUUAAUUGAUGGGCCUGUGAGCCUACCUGCCAAAUCUCCAGGCUCCACAAGCUCAUCCGGCAAUCGGAAGCGAAAAGAUUGCGAUACAACGCCAGAGAAUGGUCAGAGCUGUGCCAAAAGACCAAAAGCCCUUGAGUUACUUCGUACCCACCCAAGAGUGUAUCUUCAAUUGCCAGCAGUCCAGCUUCUCCUCGAACAGGUGGCACACUUCGCCGAUGGCCAGGGGAAUUCUCAGGCGUUGACGCUUAUUAACCAGCUACUUCACAGCCUCCAGGUGGCCGAGCAAAAGAUCUGGAAUGCAGAGAAUCUCCGUCACCAAUAGCAUGAUCAACAAAAAGCGCGGACUGUUCUUUUGCCCAGUAUCGCAUCUUUAACGUUAUUAGUUUCGUAGAAAAUAAGAAAUUUGUAGGCUUAAAAACACACGUCCACUUACAUACAUGGAUAUUUUCCUAUAUAUAAUAUGAUUUUUUUUUGAGGCUUUGUUACAACAAAAAGCGCGGUCUGUUCUUUUGCCCAGUAUCGCAUCUUUAACGUUAUUAGUUUCGUAGAAAAUAAGAAAUUUGUAGGCUUAAAAACACACGUCCACUUACAUACAUGGAUAUUUUCCUAUAUAUAAUAUGAUUUUUUUUUGAGGCUUUGUUAUAUGUGUACGUUUAUUCAACUUGUAGUAUACGCUCGCCUAUUAUCUUUUUUGAGACAUCAUUUUGUGUAUAUUUCGCAAUUAAUUUGUAUUCACAUCAAUUCAAAUCAAAUCAUAGUAAGAAAUUGCACACUGUUUCAGUCUCAUAUUAGUUAUACAAUUUUUUUUUUCCCUUCAACAGCCCAAAAACAGCAAAAUUUGUACAGUCAAAAUAAAAAUACCGCCAUACAAAA